UCGCUGACUCGCGCCAAGUGACGCCCCUGACCCGCCCGGCACACGUGGAGCCGGCAUGGAGGAGGAGAGCGUGUGGCUGCUGCCUCGCUCCAUAGAGCGCAGGGACGGAGGAGGCCCUGUGUGGAUCAGGCAGGGAGCCGUCGGCGACGUGGGCUGUGUGGUGUGGGACGCAGCCAUCGUGCUGGCCAAGUACCUCGAGACGGACGCCUUCCGCCUGCGAGGAGGAGAGGGCGAGCGCAGCUGUUUGCGUGGCCGCAGGGUCCUGGAGCUAGGAGCUGGGACCGGGGCCGUGGGUCUCGUGGCUGCGAGCUGCGGGGCCUACGUGACCCUCACGGAUCUCCCACAGUUCAUGGACCUGAUUGAGACAAACAUCAAGGACAACUCUGCAUUGUUGAAGGGCAGGGCACAAGCCAAGGUACUCGAAUGGGGCAAAAGUAUAGAAGAAUUUCUUCCUCAUCCUGAUUACAUACUCAUGGCUGACUGCAUCUACUAUGAACAGUCUCUGGAGCCACUGGUAAGGACUCUUGGUGCCCUGUCCGGGCCAAACACCCUUGUGAUCUGCUGCUAUGAAGAGCGUACAGCAGGACGCAAUCCACUAAUACAGAGCAGAUUUAUACAGCUGAUAGAGCAAGAGUUUGAGGUGGAGAAAAUCCCCGUGGAAAAUCACGACCAGGAGUUUUGCAGCGACGACAUCAACAUCUUGCACUUGCGCAAGCUCUGCAAUUGACACGUCACCUUACAUGCAGCGCGGCCAAGGGACCAUAUCCAUAUAAGCCUUUUUGUAUAUAAAUUGUUGUGAAAAUAUGUAACUGCAAAUUGGGCAUAGUGGGAGCAGUCAGUGGCAGUUGUACAUUUUUGAGAGUGUUCUCUUGAUUUACAUUUUUUUAAAGUCUGUUGACUGAGGGGUAUUUCAAUGUACAGUAAAACCUUGGAUUGCGAGCAUACUUAAUUCCGGAAACGUGUUUGUAAUCCAAAGCACUCGUACAUCAAAGCACUCGUAUAUCAGUUGUGAUCA